AUUCAUUCGCAGUUAUUAUCAAUCAUUCAUCUGAAAAUUCCUCAAAGAGGAAGCAUUUUUUUAUUAAAAUAAAAUAUUACGAAAAUGUUGUAAUUCUCAAGCCCACUUUUAAAACACUAUAAGAAUGAUGUGGAAAUAUGUGUCGCGUCGUAUUCGAGAAUCGUUUGAAAAAAGUGUUAACCAUUUCGAAAAGCGUACCACUACAGGUAUCGUGAACCAAUCAGGAACUGGACCUGGAGAGGAAGAAAAAAGGUCGGGUCCACCAUGCUGCUGGUUUGCUGCAAGAAAAUGUUGGAGGAAAUCUAAAACUGAUAACAAAAACACUAAUCGCGAGAGAUAUAACUUCGACUGCUUGAAUCGCAAUUGGCUUGGUGCCAUAACAUGGAGUGGAGUUGCAGUUGUUGGUUGGUACACUAGUCAGCUCGCUCAUUUGAAGUUGAAAUAUGGAUCAAAGAAAUGUGAAGAGCAAUUUAAAUGCUUUAACAAUAUUCUGGCGGUAUUGUACCCAUAUGUUCAUCAUGUUAAAAACAACCCAGCAGAAUUGACUUCAUCAUCAACAAUUGAACAUAUUAUACAGAACCUAAAACCAAAAGUUCAGUUGAUAUCAAAUGAUCAUGUUGGUGAAAGUGGAGAUGAUAAACCAUUAAGUAGCAAUGGGAGUACUUCUGCAAGUUCCAAUGAUGAAUUUCAAGAUACAUUGAACUACAUUGAGAAUAAGCUAGGCUGGGCAGCCAUCCAGAAUGGACAGCUGAAGGAUGGAAUAAAACUUCUCAGAUCUGCUGCAAACCGAAAUCAUGCACCAGCAUUGUAUAACCUUGGCCUUUGCUAUGAGAUGGGAAUUGGCUUGGACAUCAAUGAAAAUAAGGCUAUGGAACUUUACCGUUCUGCUGCCCGUCUUGAACAUCCUGAUGCAUUAUACAAUUUGAGCAUCUACUAUGCACAGGGUAGAGGAGGAUUGACAAAAGAUAAAGAUACUGCAACCAGACUGUUGCGGCUGGCUGCUGUUCAAGGCCACCAGGUUGCUAAAGAUACUUUGGAUUACUUAGAAGUAGAGGUGACUGAGAAAGAAACCGAAAAUGAACCAGAAUUACACUCCUGGAGUUAUCAGUGUUCUCCAUAUGCACAAAAUGGUGGCCUGCCAACGCUAACAUCACUCUUUGUUGAGAAUGUUAACUAUUUACAAGCACAUAAUUAUACUGAAGCUAUUGUUUAGAUUAUUAGAAUGUAACCUGGUGAUGGGUUUACUUUUGACUUUUUAUAAUUAUAUUAUUUUUCUUAA